GCGUGUUUUGACAGUUCUGAUCGAGAUAAAUUGGUGAAAAUUGUUUUAUUUAUCAAGAUUUAAAAAUAAAUACCACUUCUAAUCCAAUUGGAAUCUUAUAUGAUAACGAAUUAAGGUUUUCGGGAUUCUUAGCAUAUGUAACGAAAAGAGAAUAUCUGGAUGUCUACACCCUCAGUAUGCCCACUUUCCUCACACCUGGCCGGCAUGGCUACAGUGUAAGGUUUUCUAGAACUCGUCCAGAUGCCUUGGCAGUAGCUACGAGUCAGUACUAUGGUCUGGCUGGUGGAGGCACCUUAUUUUUCUUGGAAAUUGCAUCAGAUGGAACAAGUGUGUUGGAAUUACAGAAGUUGGAAUGGACUGAUGGAUUGUUCGACGUUACGUGGUCGGGCACGUCAGACAGUGUCGCCGCGUGCGGGUCCGGCGACGGCACGGUCAUCGUGUGGCGCGUGGGGUGCGCGGCGCCGCUGCGCGUGCUGCGCGCGCACCGCAGCGAAGUGUGCUCCGUGGAUUGGUUGCGGACGCAUCUGUUGAGCGCGAGCUGGGAUACGACGGUGAAACUGUGGGACCCCGAAUCAGAGACAUGUCUCAGCACGUUCGCGGGUCACUCGCAGCUGGUUUACACCGCUGCGUUCUCCCCCCAUUCUCCGGCGACCUUCGCGUCGGUGUCCGGCGAUGGACACCUCAAGCUGUGGUCUUGUACGGAACCUUCCAGACCUGCGGCCGUUGUCAAGGCGCAUGACGCUGAGGUACUGUCAUGUGACUGGAGUAAAGCGGAGGCACACGUGCUAGCUACAUCAGGUUCUGAUGGACUUAUUCGAGGCUGGGACCUUAGAAGACUUACAGCACCUAUGUUCACACUUAAAGGUUGUGAGUGCGCUGUGAGGAGAGUUCAAUUCUCGCCUCACGCGUCUUCGGUAGUUGCUGCUGUCUCAUAUGAUUUCACUACGAGGAUAUGGGACGUGAAGCGCGGCUGCGAGCCGCUGGAGACGAUCCGCCACCACUCGGAGUUCACGUACGGGCUGGACUGGAGCGCGCUGCGGCCGCACCGCGUGGCCGACUGCGGCUGGGACUCGCUCGUGCACGUGUUCACGCCGCGCUCGCUCGCCGCCUACUGACCGCGCACGCACCGCGUGAUACGAUGUUCGUCUGAGAAUUUAUAUCAUCUAACUACAUCAAUGGCUGUGGUAUCAAGUGAAAAGGUCUUUAUUUUGUUAGCUAGUUGAGGUUUCUUUGAAUUUUUGUUUUAUUUGGGGGCUGUUCUGUUAUUAUUAAUUCGUGCAUAAGUCUUAUAGAGUUAUGACGUCAUCGAAAAUGACAUAUUCGUCCAAUAGAAGCCAUUCGUAAUUUGAAUUAAUGUAAAAAUAUU